GACACAUUUUCCCUUUGCCUUGGUCCAUAUUAAAUGAGCUUUGGUACAGAUAACAGUAGUGUUUCUGGAUAGUUCUGCAUAAUAAAGCUUGAAUCUGCAUUUGUGAACGGUACAGUGUGCUGUGUUUACAAAUAAUCAUUUAUGGAAGUGUUCUUGAGCUCGUGCAGUCAUGCCUAUAUCAGAACCAGACCUGGUUUUAAUGCUGCACUGCCUGAGGGCCUGAAGAGAAGACAUCCAAAUACAAAUUUCAGCCUCUUUGGCAUCUGACAUAAAUUCCAACAACAUAUCUGUUUACUGUGUUCCAUUUUGAAUGAAAUGUGAGUUUAGGAGAUUUGCAAAUCACAUCAUUAUUUGCCUUUUCACUAUAAAGUUUUCAAAAAUGGAGUUGUAAGAAAACAUGCACAAAUAAAUGAACAGGGAAAACUAAAUUCAUUUAAGGAGAAACAGGAAUUAGAAAAUGCUCAAAACUUUGAUCAAURAGUCAAGCAAAACCUAAACAUCUUUUUAGGUUUGAAUCACUUCCUGUAGCACUGCAGCUCUGAGGMCAGCUUCCUGCGUGCUGCUCAGCAACCUUCAGCACAGCCUUUUUGGUCGUCUGCUAAAAAUACCAACCUUUAAAAGAAAGUCUGCCUGYCCACAAACACUACAAAAACAAAGUAACUGUUUACGUCCCGCCUGCUGUUUCUUAUUAGCAGAAUGUGUUGCAAAGAACUUGGAGAAGUGCUCGACAGAAUCAAAUCCACUUUCCUGCCAAAGACUGUAACAACUCYAACACUUCUCUUUCUGCGACUCAGGGGAAGUUAAAGAAGGGAAACAGUAUGCUCUCUAAUUUAUUGGACCUCAGUAACAGUAAUGAAAAAAAAGGGGAGGUGAAGGCAAAACUUUGAGAUCACGUGGCCACAAAGUCAUUCUGAAAGUAUGCUACCGGGGUGCUGCCCACAGAUACAUAAUAAGUGUUCUGUGCGAGGAGUAGUGGCCACACCAACGAGCAUCACCGGAGCCCUGAGGAAGUUAGAGCUGGUGGCUGAGGAAUUAAAAAAAAAAAACAGGCGAGAGGAAGGCAAAAGCAAACAUGUCUUCUCUAGUAACGACAAACCCCUCUCCAGUUUCAUCUCUCUACAACAUCACCUCCAACACUGUUUCCACCUCCUCAUCAUCUGUUUCYAUCGCAGCCAGUGACAUCACCACCUCUAACGAAACGUCCGCGUUCUCUGCCGAGGACAUAAUUGCAGCCAAUGACAUCGCCUCCAGAGCAAACUACAUCUACAGUUUCUUCGGCGCGCUGGGCUUCCUCGCAGGCUGCUUUCUGCUCUACAGCUUCAUUCAGACGUACCGAGCCCACAGGCGGGUGGCGUGGCUCGACAGCCUCCUCUGGGUGUUUUGUGGCUUUCAGGAGCUGCUCCUCCUCCUCUCCCUCCACAUGGUGGUGCACAGACCUAAAUACAUGCAGAGCACGGCUUUGGGCUGCGCUGCUCUCUCCUUCACCAUCAACACCGCGUCUCUGUGCAGCUUGUUGGUUUUAUUGCUCAUGGCGUACGUCCUCACCUUUGACCCACCUCCCAACGCCCUGCUCAGGAAGCCUAAAAACUGUGCGACAUUAGUGAUCCUGACUCCUGCUCUGAUUUGUCUGCUGCUGGCUGGACUUCGUGGCCUACAGGAAAAUGCUGAUUGCAUCAUGGAUCCACCUGGUGCAGGUGUUUCGUACGCAGCUACGAAACUGUGCCUAGCUUUUCUGAUUCCCUUCAUCCUUCAGCUUGGACUUCUGAUAAGCGGCUGCGUCCAGCAGUGGAAGUCUAGAGGUCGUUUCCUGUCUGGAUCCGAGGAGGGUCCCGUGUUCCUGGCGGUCAGCGUAGUUCUGUUCGUCUGCCUGCUUUUCUACACCGUGGCUCUGGUGAGAGGAGCCCGGCUCGCCUUGGACGGGGAUCUGAGCCCUCGGGAGCGAGCCUUUCUGAGCGUGGCCGAGUGCGUGCUGUUCUCAGGGAGCAGCGUCAGCCUGGUGCUUGUGCUGCUCAUGCACAGGCCGUGCCGGGAGAGUCUCUACGGAAUGAUGAGGCAGACGAGGGAGUGGUGUCAGAGACCGGGGAGUGCACAGCCCAACAGAAACAUCAUCGCACCGCACAUUGAGAUCACAGACACUCUGCAGGACAUCGAGUCGUAAACUGAUAAAACUUGAAUUCAUAAAGCUCUCACAGUUCUAAUCAGAGGUUUYCAUCCACUCAUCAUGGGCUUGAAAGUCAAAAAUAAUUAUGGGUUUUAAUYCAAGCUCAGGUGCUGAAGCUUCUAGAUUAUCCUUUUCUUUGACAUGGCCAGGUCCUAUAAACCUCUCAGUGAUGAUCAUUGACAGAAUKUGGUACAACCCCAAUUCCAGUSAAGAUGGGACAUUGUGUUACAAAUUAAUAAAAAAAAUCUAUGAUGAUUUACAAAUCCAUUACAACAUAUAUUCAAUUGAGUAAACUACAAAGACAAGAUAUUUAAUGUUCAAAUGGAUCAACUUUGUUGUUUUUUUGCAAUUAUUCGUUCAUUUUGAAUUUAAMUCCUGCAACACGUUCCAAAACAGCCGGGACAGGGACACGUUUACCACUGUGUUACAUCACCUUUCCUUUGAACAACACUCAAGAAGAGCAUGAGAACUGAGGAAAGUAAUUGUUGAAGUUUUGUAGCUGGAAUUCUCUCAUUCUUGCUUGAUGAACAACUUKAGUUGCUCAACUGUCUGAGGUCUCUGUUGUUGUAUUUUGCUCAUCAUAAUGCUCCACAUAUUUUCAAUGGGAGUCAGGUCUGAACUGCAGGCAGGUCAGUCUAGUACCUGCACUCUUUUACUACGAAGCCACACUGUUGUAACACGUGCAGAGUGAGACUUGGCAUUGACUUGCUCAAAUAAGCAGGACAUCCCAGAAAAAGACAUGGCUUGGAUGGCAGCAUAUGUUGCUCCAAAACCUGCAUAAGCUUUUAGUGUUCAAAGAUGUGACAGUUAUCCAUGCCAUGGGCACUAAUGCACCCCCAUACCAUCAGAGAGGCUGGAUUUUUGUGCUGAUAAUAAUAAAGACAGACCUUUUCCUCUUUGGCCCGGGYACACAAGGUCCAUGAUUUCCAAAAACAAUUUGAAACUCAUCAGAGCACAGGACACUUUUCCACUUUGUGUCAGUCCAUCUCAGAUGASCUCYGGUCCAGAGAAGCUGGCGUUGUUUCUGGGUGUUGUUGAUCUAUAGCUUUGGCUUUGUUUGGUAAGAGUUUUAAUUUGCACUAGUAGAUGWAGAGACAAACUGUGUUCACGGACAAUGGUUUUCWGAAGUGUURCUGAGCCCAUGUGGUAAUAUCUGUUACAGAAUGAUGUUGGUUUUUAAUGCAGUGCCUCCUGAGGGAUCAAAGGUCACGGGCAUUCAAUGUUGGUUUUCGGCCMUGCAGRUUACUUUCAGAAAUUUGUCCAGAUUCUCUGAAUCGUCUGAUAUUAUGGACUGUACUGUAGAUGAUGAUGUCCCUAAAUUCCUUGCAAUGGUACAUUGGGAAACAUUAAAUUGUUGGACUAUUUGUGUGAACGACUGAACCUUUCUGGGAUGCUCCCUUUAUAUCCAAUCAUACACCACCUGUUUCCAAUCAACCUGUUUACCUGUGGAAUGCUCCAAACAGGUGUCCUUUGUGCAUUCCUCAACUUUCCCAGUCUUUUGUUUCCCCUGUUCCAGGCAUCAAARUCAAAAUGAGUGAAUAUUAACGAAAAAAAAGUUUUUGCUUGAACAAUAAAUAUCUAGUCUUUGUAGUGUAUUCAGUUGAAUAUAGGUUUAAACUGAUUUGCAAGUCCUUAUAUUCUGUUUUUACUUUUGUUUUACACAACYUCACAACUUCACUGGAACUGGGGUUGUGCUUUAGGAAAUUGGUUCAGAUGUUCAGGAACAAACCAGGAGUCACAAAAGGCUCAAGUCUGCCAUGAACUGGAAACUGCAAAACAUGUCUGAAAACAACGAAGCCAGUUUUACAUAAACAUGAACUGAGAUGGUUCAUGACAACAACAGCAACAACUUCAACUUGAACUGAAAUGUGCAGCUGACCACAUGGACAAGCUCAGUGCUUUCUGGAGAAGAGUUUUAUGGUUAUACAAGCUAAAAAUUGAACUGUUGGGCCUCAACAAGAAUAUGUCAUUAUUUUGAAGCAGUAGCCUAGCAUUAGCUUAGCAUCUUUCUCAGAGACUAUGUCAGCAGCUGCUACUAAUUAAGGCUCGUUAAAAGAAAAACUCUGAUAACCGCGGUCAGUUUUGGGGAUAUCAACUCUCCUAAGAACGGUGCAGAACGAUGGUGGCAGAUCAGCUCUCUGGGUGGUUGAUACRUUUUUUUUUCRUUCUGGUGUUUAUUAGUGGUUAGCAACUGAGAGGUAAACAUUACAUUGCCAUAAAGUGGUAACAGAAAUGUAGAACCAGAAGACACACGGGAUCGAACUAAUACUCGACACUGGUAUUGGUGCAUUCCUAAUAACUUUGACCRUGUGUGACUUGGAGACAAUCUACAAUGAAUUCAAACAAAAAAAUGUAAUAAUUAAAUAAAAGCAUUGAUAUGUGUUUUAAAACGUACAAAUAAAUAACUGAAAGCCUCAAAUAUAAUAUUGUAAAUAUAUUGUAAAUAAUGUUUAUGACGAGUGUACGUAAACUUUUGAAUAAAAUCUACUGUGCUUUCCUUUAAGUGUAUUUUUCUGUUAUUGGUAGGUAGAUGUGCAUUCACCUGCAAAUCUGUAUUUAAAAUAUUUUGCUUAAGUGUGUAAAAUGAUAAAUGUUGUACAGUUUUAGAAAUGAGAAUCUUGUUGAAGCAAUAAUUUUAAACAGUGGUUGUAAGUCAGCUUGAAUAAGAAAAUAAAAAUAAAGAAAGCUGGUAGGAUUUUCUGCUUCAGUUCUUAAAAUCCUGUGUUUGCACACACUUGCUUCAUUUUCCAUAAAAGCCUGUUAUGCCUGGAAAAAAAAAGUCUGRAACUUUCAUAGGAAGCAUUUAGUCAGUUUGACUUUGGCCCAAUGGGGUCAGAAAACUGUACAAGUGGAUUUUCCAGCUCAUUUUCCAGAAACCUCUGGGCACCUUUUCCAGGAARGCCUGACAAACAUGGCUGUUGUGUUGCUACUGUGGCAACACCCAACUAA